AUGGUCAGUGUCGAUGAAGAUCAAAUAUGGUUUCUGACGAUAGAGUCUGUGAGUGCAACCGAGUAUAAGCUGGGCCAGAUUUCCUUAAAAGACGUUGAAGAACAUGGUAUCUCAUUUGGCUGUAUCCUGAGGAAGCUAGAUCAACCGGGCCGACCAGAAGAUUUUUCUUUCUGGAUCCAUGCCAAUUCAAUGUACGCCGCUGUUCAAAUGCUCACGGAUGAGGCCAUCUUUGCAACAUGGAAACUCUACUGUACCGAUCAACCAGCUGUUAGCAUAAUUGUGAGACCCAAGGAUGAUCCAUCGCCCAAUACAUCCAAUACUCCAUCCCAUCAGUCAUCACUUAAGGAAAGAAGAAGAACAUCGGGUUUACGAACCAUCCCAGAAAUUCGGAUUAGACCACCCGCUGCUCCUGUGCUCAGAGGACAAGAUAUUGUAAUGAUGGAGGAUAUUGCCGAGAUGCCCAUCGAAGAAUUAGUGACAAUCACCCUCGCGGAUGGAGAACGAAGAACCUUCAAUAAGGAAUACAUGCUUGAAUUGAUUCGAUCAAGAUUUAGCAGCGCUAGACCUUUAACGGAAAUUGAACUGCAGACUUUCGCCAAUGGAGAGUUGGUCAAGACAAAACUUACGAGAGAAAUUUGGGAAGGGUCACUGGUGCGGGGGCCGUGGAAGGACUCGUUCCUCGAAAUAUGGACUCUGUAUUUGAGAACAGCGAGUUUCCGGGCGACGCAGCUCGCAAAGCUCCGCAAAAAAUACCCCAACUUCAAUCAAAAUUGUAUACAAUUUAUCCAAGACCUCCAUACAUAUGAGAGGCAAGGUUCGCAAACUCGACUCGCCCAGACUGGACAUGAAUUCUUUCUUGGACCGCCAUAUUUUGAGGGGAAGAUGGUCCAGCAGAUUCUCGAACUCCGAACCAUGAGCGGCACAAUCAAUGAUGAAUUACAAACGUUGAAGACGAGGGUUUCUUCUACUGAUAUAUGCGCUUCGCAUGAUCUUUCCCCCAUAUUUGAGGCUGCAUUUGGGAUCUCUUGGACCGGAAAGCCCGUCAUGAACCCUGUUCCAAUUUCUUCUCAGGAAAUUAGCGGUGAAGGAACUGUCAAAAACUUCUUCCGCAGAGGCUGGAAUAUUUUUGGUAAGAAACGAAAUUGA